AUGAACUCCUAUUCAAUGAGCGCGCUCACCAAGGCGCUGCCCUCGGUCUGCCGCCAGUCCCAACCUCGCAUCGCCUCCCUUAAUAUCACACGCCCCUUCUCGAUCUCGAGUCCUCGCCAAUUGAUCCGCCGCAAUGACCGCGGUGCCGAGCUCGAAAGACAAAUGCUGAACCGGGGCCCGGAGACGGCAUCCGGGGCAUCCUCGCCGCUCUCUGCCAUUACACGAAUGGUGCAAGGCGACAAGGCCAACUCGCCUGCGCGCAACACCGAGUCCUCCAAGGCUGCCGAGAACGUCGAGACUGAAAUGAUGCGAAACCCCUACGCCGAUCGGGCUCCUCCCCACCACCUCCACGUCUACUGUCACAAGCACAACACAAUCCUCACCCUGACACGGCCAAAUGGCAACCCUCUCAUGUCCAUUGGAUGUGGCCAGAUUGGUUUCCGCAAGGCUGGCCGCUCCGGGUUCGAUCCUGCCUACCAGCUGUCCGCCCAUGUGAUGUCCCAGAUUCAAGAAAAGGGCUUCCUCAUGGAAAUUGAGCGCUUGGAGGUUGUGUUCCGUGGGUUCGGCAAGGGCCGUGAGGCAUUCGUCAAGGUGCUCCUGGGUAACGAGGGCCGACACAUUCGAGGACUCGUGGCGCGAGUGACUGACUCCACCCGAAUCAAGUUCGGUGGUACUCGCAGCAGACACGAGCGUAGACUGGGUUAA